AUGAAUAAAAGUGGUAUCAAAGAUUAUUAGAGAAGCAUAAAGCAACUAAAGCAAGAAAUGGACUUGAUGAAGUAGCAUCCUAAUAUUUCUCUUAUUGGAACUUCAAAGUUGAGAGAAAGAGAUAAUUUUACAUAAGAUGAUAAAGAAAAUAAUUGGAAUUUACUUAAUUAAACAACCAACAGUGGAGAAAAAAACUUUAAAAGUAAUUAGAGAAAUUUUUCUAGUAAUAAAUGCUAAGAAAAGCAAUAUUAGUCAUAAAAAUACGACCAUUAAAUUAUCAGUCUUGAAGAAAAAAUGUAGUCAAUAAAGUAGAAUUUUAUUGAUAAAAAGAAAUAGGAAAUUAUUCAGGCACAAAAUUAAAUGGAGCAACUAAUGAUUAAAAUGCGCGAUAUUGAGAAGGAUGAAAACAUUAAUCUCUAAGAAAAGCUUAGAAAAAUAAAUGAAAGGUUUGAAGAGUGCUGUUCAAGAGCAAAAGAGGAGUAUGAGUAAAAGGUUUAAAAGUAUAAAGAAGACAUGGAAAAGGACAUUUAAAAAGAAAAGGAGAGAACUCAAAAUUCAAUUUAAUUGCAAGUUAAAAAUUUGGAAAGUUAGAUAAAAUAGGGGACUAAUUUGCAACUAACUUAAUAGAAAUACCAAGAUGAAUCUAGUUUAGAUGACUUUUACUAUAGCCAGAAAAUAACUCAUGUUUCUCAAAUAAAGCCUUAAAUUCUUUUCGGACAAACAAACUUUUAUACUAACUAAGAAGAUACUGCAAUAAAAUGUGGUUCUAUUAAAAGUGAGCGUUAAGCCACUACAAAUAAUUACAGAGAUUAUUCAAAUAAAUCAAAUGCUAUUAACCAAUAAGAUUACAGCAAUUUUAAUAGAAAAGGCUAGUCUCAUAAACAGCAAAGAAGCCGAAGUAACAGCAGUGUGAGCAGCAGUAGUGAUUUGGAGGAUAAUAAAUUUAAAAAAAGAGAAAGCAAAAGUAAUUGCAAAUAGCUUUCUUCAAAUCAUCCUAUUCAUAAAUUGAUUGAGUCAAACUACAAAAUGAACAACAAAGAAAUAUUCCAAAUGAUAAAAAAAUAUAAAAAAAUAAACUAAUCUUAUGAAUAGUAAUAGACUUUAAAUUAGUAGCAGAUGGCUUUGGAAUUUUAAUAAUAAGAUAAUGUCAAAUUAGAUUAAUUAGAAAAGAAUUUCACUAUUUCUAGAAAACUUUCCUAUUAAGAAGACCCAACUUUGUCUACCUCCUAAACUCCAAACGGAUAAUAAAAUACCACAUAGUUUUAAUUUAUUCCACAAUAAGCACAGUCUACAGCAUGUAAUGCAUAGAAUUCCUUAAAUACAAGCUAUUCAAAUUCUCUGAUAGAUAAUUUUAACUUUGUAAAUAAUUCAAGUAACAACAAAAGAAAGUUUAGUAAUUCAUUCCAUUCUACAGGUCAGCAGCUCAAUUUAUUACCUAAGCAAGCAAAAAAUAAUGAUUUGUAUUCAGCUAGCAUCAGUCGAGAGGUUCCAAUUCAGUUUAAACCUCCUCUUAAUUCUAGAAAAUCUAGUAUUUCACAUAAUAGUAAUAAUCUUUCCUCAAGACUCAACACAAAUCCUUGUUAAAUAAAUGGAAAAUAUUAUAUAAGCAAUUCUCUAAAUAGAAAGCAAUCAAAUGCUACAACUCAAGCUACAAAACGUUCUUUCAACAACUAACUAAACGAGUCUUCAAAUGAUUUAUCAGAUGACUCUUUUUGA